AUGGAGACAAAUCCACCAACCUCAGAAUUAAUGUCGCCGGUCCGUAGUUUCCCAAACCGGUUCUUUUGCAGCGACUUCCAAAAUGAUGAGGAAUUUAAUGCUCCAGGAUCCCAAGAUUCCCAGAUGCAGCCCAUGACUGUUGCUGUUUCUGGAUCAUCUCAUGGUCCUUCUAUGUUUGCUGAAUCAUCACGCGGCCAGUUAGACGGGCCUUCGAAUCCAUACUUUGUUUUUGAUACCCCUCAGGGAACCCGUUACUGGAUUCCUAACGUCGCUGAUAAGUUCAUACCAGUGUGUGGGAAAUCUUAUCCAACCUUUCAGGAUGUUCUUUCCAUGUAUGAACUUUAUGCGUUUGAAGCAGGUUUUUCUGUAAAAAAAGGGCAAACUAAAGUCUGGAAUGGAAUUCCCACACACAAGUAUCUCCGAUGCUCAAAAUAUGGAAAACCACAACCAAAGAGGACUUUCGACACCCUAGAUGAAUCUUCUGUUAAGCACCGGAGGACCACCUUCACAUGGUGUGACUGUAAAGCAAGCAUACUAGUCUCGAUCUCGAACGAUUCAUACGCAGUUCUGAGUUUCAAUGAUAUUCAUAAUCAUGAACUUGUUGAGAGUUACAACCGUGAUCUUAGCAAGAUAUCACGGAAACUGUCAUUCUCCAUGAAACAAUUCAUUCACAACAUGAGUCUAAACCGCAUCGGACCAAUGAGAGCUUAUAGAUGUCUUGUAGCUUUAAAAGGAGGGCAUCACAAUGUCAAUGGGACGCCGGUCGAUUUUAAAAACUUUAGCCACCAGUUGCGAAUUUUUAUUGGUGAACGCGACGCACAAGCUGAUGAGAUCUCAAAGCUAAACUACAAAGCUUUUGGCGAUGUCCUAGCGUUUGACGCAACUUACAGCACAAACAGGUACAAGAUGGUUUUUGUGCCAUUCACGGGUGUGGAUCAUCAUUUCCAAUGUGUUACAUUUGGAGCGGGUUUGAUAUCAACCGAGUCCAUUGAAUCUUACGUGUGGUUGCUUAAGGCUUUCUUGAAGGCACACGGUACUCAACCAACUCUCGUGCUGAGUGAUCAAGACCCAUCCAUGCUACAAGCUGUUCCUAUGGUCUUUACCGAAUCACGACACCGUCUAUGCAUGUGGCAUAUAAUGAAAAAACUACCCUCCAAGAUCUCUGCCGACGUGCUCGAUAACACUGAUCUUCGGUCCUGCAUUCACCGGUUGGUUUGGAAUGUUUAUAUCAAACCUGAAACGUUUGAGUCCCGCUGGAGUGACCUCCUACAAACAUUUGGGCUUCAAGACCACAGCUGGUUGAACGACAUGUACAACAUCAAACAUCUCUGGGUACCAGCCUACUUCAGGGAACUGCCCAUGUGUUGCUUGAUGAAGACCACCUCCCGCUGCGAAAGCUCUAACGCUGCCUUCAAGGUUAACUCAACAAGCGCAAACACCCUUGUUCAAUUUAUGAUGUGCUUUGAAAAUAGGGUAGACAGCCAACGAUAUCGACAACGUGUUUCGGAGUUCAAAACCUCAUCCACAAUGUUCAAUGGCAAUACUGAUUUAGCGAUAGAACAGCACGCGUUCUCCAUUUACACAAACGCUGUUUUUGCGCAAGUUCAAAAAGAGAUAAUUAAAGGGAAGUUUUUAUGCUACAUCACAAACCAAACCGAGACCAGCGAUUCCAGUCUUCUGAUAGACGUCACUCAUUUGGAUAAAAGGAACAACAUCACAAACGUCUAUCAGGUUACGUAUAAGACUGUGGAUCAAUCGGCCAGUUGCUCAUGCAGGAAUUUCACACGUAUCGGAUAUCUGUGUCGCCAUGUCUUUUGCGUCUAUCGCUUGAAAAAUGUUGAAAGGAUUCCACCACAAUACAUAAACGAUAGGUGGCGUCGAGAUGCCCUCCCCAAACAUGUUUUUUCAAUUUCCAGUCGAUACGGAGUCAACCCACAUGCACCGUCCGUUAUGCGGAAUGAAAUCCUCGACCUCGUUACUGAAUGCGUUGAUGUUGCUAGAACCGAUGAGGAUGCGUUGGCAAAACUGGUUGACCAACUCAGGGAUUUCAAGAUCAAUGUUCUUUCCAAGCAACCUUUGUCAACAACUGAAAAUGAAUCAAAUGAGUGUCAAAUGGAAGAAAUAGUUGGACAGCCAAUCAACAUUCCAGUCGAAGUUGCUAAUCCAGAAGUUGCACGCAAUAAAGGAUGUGGUACUCAUACUCGCAUUUUUGGGCCCGGUGAGAAGGCCAAAGCAAAACCACCAAAACGUCCAAAGCAGCUUCGUUUAUGCAAGCGUUGUGGUCUGUAUGUCGACGACCACGACUCACCCAACUGCCUUAAGGUGGCUGCAAUGAAAGCAGCAAAGGCAGCUGCUGAACAACAAAGGCAGACCGCCACUGGCGACUGA